AUGAUUGAAAAGAUGCAGGGCUGCAGAAUGGAUGAACAGAGAUACUCCAUGCCUCCACCUCUGAAGACGGAGGAGGACUACAUCCCCUACCCCAGUGUCCACGAGGUCCUGGGUCGGGAGGGGCCCUUCCCGCUUAUCCUGUUGCCACAGUUUGGGGGUUACUGGAUCGAAGGGACCAAUCACGACGUCUCCUUGUUGCUGGAUCCUGAGAGCGGUCAGUCUCCCAGCGGGAAGGUGAAGCUGGAGAGUAACCACAUGGCACGCCUGUACCGCAAGCACUUCCUGGGGAAGGAACACUUCAAUUAUUACUCGGUGGAUGCGGCUCUGGGUCACCUCGUCUUCUCCCUGAAGUAUGAUGUCAUCGGAGACCAGGAACACCUCCGCCUGCUGCUGCGGACAAAAUCCCAGACGUACCAUGAUGUCAUCCCCAUCUCCUGCCUCACCGAGUUCCCCAAUGUGGUGCAGAUGGCGAAGCUGGUGUGUGAAGAUGUGAACGUGGAUCGAUUUCACCCCGUCCUCUACCCGAAGGCAUCGCGGCUCAUCGUCACAUUUGAUGAACACGUCAUCAGCAAUAACUUCAAAUUUGGCGUCAUCUACCAGAAACCGGGACAGACGACAGAAGAGGAACUAUUCAGCACCACUGAGGAGAGUCCGGCCUUCGCGGAGUUCCUGGAGCUGCUGGGGGAGCGGGUUCUCCUGCAGGACUUUAAGGGUUUCCGGGGCGGUUUGGACGUCAGUCAUGGACAGACGGGAACAGAAUCCAUCUACUGCAACUUCCGGGGAAGGAAAUCAUGUUCCACGUGUCCACGAAGCUGCCGUACACGGAGGGGGACACCCAGCAGCUGCAGAGGAAGCGGCACAUCGGGAACGACAUCGUAGCCAUUGUGUUCCAGGAUGAGAACACGCCCUUCGUCCCCGACAUGAUCGCCUCCAACUUCCUGCAUGGCUACAUCGUGGUGCAAGUCCAGGAGCCCGGCACCGACAACACUGUGUACAAGGUCUCGGUGACGGCUCGGGACGAUGUGCCUUUCUUCGGUCCACCCCUCCCCGAUCCAGCAGUUUUCCGGAAGGGGUCGGAGUUCCAGGAGUUCCUCCUGACGAAGCUGAUCAAUGCGGAGUACGCCUGUUAUAAAGCCGAGAAGUUCGCCAAGCUGGAGGAGCGCACGCGGGCAGCGUUGCUGGAGACUCUGUAUGAGGAGCUUCACAUCAACAGCCAGUCCAUGAUGGGCCUGUGUGGGGACGAUGACAAGAUGGAGAACGGAGGGGGUGGAGGAGGCGGAUUCUUCGAGUCCUUUAAGCGCGUCAUCAGAAGUCGCAGCCAAUCGAUGGACGCCAUGGGGCUCAGCAACAAGAAGCAGCACACCGUCUCCACCAGUCACAGCGGAAGCUUCGGACACAACAACCCCGAGAUGCCCAAACCUCCCGGAAUAUCGUUGCUUGUGCCAGGGAAAACGCCCAGCCGGCAUGGACGCCGCGGAAGUGCCAUAGGCAUAGGAACCAUAGAAGAGUCCCUCAUCGUUCCGGGAAAAAGUCCCACCAGGAAGAAGUCCGGACCGUUCAGCUCGAGGCGGAGCAGCGCCAUCGGCAUAGAGAACAUACAGGAGGUCCAGGAGAAGAGGGAAAGCCCAACAGGACCCCAGAAGACCCCAGACAGCGGCCACGCCUCCCAGGAGCCCAAAUCCGAGGAAUCCUCCAAUCACAGCUCCCCGGAGAUGCCCACCACCAAGAACAGAAUGGAAUCCGGAUCCCGGACGGAAAACCAGCGAGAUUUCUCCCGCUCCUCGUCCAGCGCCAGCAGCUUCGCCAGCGUAGUGGAAGAGAACGAACUGCUGGAUGAGGAUGACGCCGGGAUGGAAAAGUGUUUCGGCUUCAGGAAACGGCAACAAGCGGGACUCCUUCAUGUACAGCACAUGGCUGGAGGACAGCGGCAGCAGCGUCAGCACCGCCAGCGGAGGCAGUUCAUCAGGGUUCCCGCGCUCCCCAGUUGGAUGUCCAGAAAGUGGGCGGAGACUCCUAUCCAGAGAUUAAAAUCCAGCUGGAAGGGACGGAACAACACACAGCCAAUC